GAAGAAUCUUAUUACCCUAAAAGACUCGUUGAGUCCACUCUGUCUCUGUCUCUGUCUUAUUCGCUUGAGCUCGAUCCACGCUCUUACACCCGCCGUUUACACUUCCGAUCAGUAAGACAUGAGUCAUAACCCGGAGGUUCUUUGGGCUCAGCGGUCUGAUAAGGUUUACCUAACCGUCGCCUUACCUGAUGCAAAGGACAUUUCAGUCAAAUGUGAGCCUCAGGGCCUAUUCACUUUCUCUGCUCUUGGCACCCUAGGCAAGCUCUUUGAGUUCAGCUUGGAGCUAUAUGGGAAGGUUGUGCCAGAAUAUAGAAAGAACGUUGGGCUAAGGAACAUCAUAUUUUCGAUUCAGAAAGAAGAGAGAAGCUGGUGGCCACGAAUCUUGAAAUCAGAAGAGAAGCCUGCACCUUACAUCAAAGUGGACUGGAACAAAUGGUGCGAUGAGGAUGAGGAAGUCAACUCUGAGACAGCCUCUGAUGAUGAGAGUGCAUUUGUUGAUGAAGAUUGUGAAAGCAGCGAUGAUGAUGGAUUGCUCUAUCUUCCGGAUCUGGAAAAGGCAAGAAACAACUAGCUAACCAUCAACAACCAACAACCAGCCAACUCUGUUUCUGAAGCUGAAGAAAAAAGGCAAAAGGAUUAAGAAGUGAAGCAUAGUGGUUUAGGAUGAUUUGUUUUGUUUUGUACUCUUCAGUAAACCAAACACUUAUUAGUUCCUGUAGUUUACUCAGGUUUACCUCUGAUUUACGUUUUUAAGGGUAGACACCUUUAGGCUGAAUGUUGCGAGUCUUGUGACACUUUAUCGAAUGCUUAAGGCUAAUAGCUUUUCUUAAAAUAUACUUUUAUCAAA